AUUCCCACGCCCCUGCCCGGCCUGCCCGAAUCCUCCCCUUUUCCCUUUCCCCUGCCCGCCCCUGCCCCGACACCCCCACAACCCCCUUCGCACGCUUCGUUCCGCGAGCCUCACCAUGCCUGCCCACGAGCUCGCCGGAGGCCGCGCGCGGCGGCUUCCCAUUCCUCCGCUCUGACGAGAGGACCUCUCGGUGGGGGCGUUGUGGGUGAUUGGUUCGGGAAGGUGAAGGGAGCUGAUGGGGAAGCAGGAGGGGAAGCGGCGCGGAGAGGAGGGGAAGCACAAGGGGAUGGGGAAGGAGGCGGUGGCAGAGGAGGAGGACGCGGCGCAGGUGAGGGGGUGCUGGAUCCGCCUCCCUCGCCUUCGCGGCUGCAUGUCGUCGCGCGCCAAGGUCGACUCCUCCACUAGCGGCGGCGCCAGCGCUCGCGGCGGCGAAAGAAAAACAGUGGCUGAUGGUUGCCAGGACCAAUCAGUUCCACCAGCCUCUGGUUCCACAACAACCAGUAACACUGGAAGUAUCUCACCUUCUUCCAUAGUUGGGGAGGAACUUAAACUUGCUUUCCAACUGCGUAGAUUUACUUUCAAUGAACUGAAGUGUGCCACAAGAAACUUCCGACCUGAGAGUCUUCUUGGUGAGGGAGGUUUCGGUUGUGUCUUUAAAGGGUGGAUUGAGGUGAAUGGAACUGCUCCCGUUAAGCCAGGCACUGGAUUAACUGUUGCUGUCAAGACACUCAACCAUGAUGGGCUGCAAGGGCAUAAAGAGUGGGUGGCAGAAGUUGAUUUUCUUGGAAACCUUCAACAUCCACACCUAGUGAAAUUGGUCGGUUACUGCAUUGAAGAUGACCAAAGGUUGCUUGCGUAUGAAUUUAUGCCCCGUGGAAGUUUGGAGAAUCAUCUUUUUAGAAAGUCAUUGCCUCUCCCAUGGACCAUUAGAAUGAAAAUUGCUCUUGGUGCUGCCAAAGGCCUUGCUUUUCUUCAUGAAGAAGCUGAAAGACCAGUGAUAUAUCGGGAUUUCAAAACAUCCAAUAUUCUUUUAGAUGCGGACUAUAAUGCGAAACUCUCUGAUUUUGGUCUUGCUAAAGAUGGUCCUGAGGGUGAUAACACACAUGUAUCUACUAGAGUCAUGGGAACAUAUGGAUAUGCUGCUCCUGAGUAUGUAAUGACAGGUCACCUGACAUCAAAGAGUGAUGUAUACAGCUUUGGGGUGGUGCUACUAGAGAUGAUGACUGGUAGAAGGUCAAUGGACAAGAACAGGCCAAAUGGGGAACACAAUCUGGUUGAAUGGGCGCGCCCCUAUCUUGGAGAAAGGCGACGAUUCUAUAAGCUUGUAGAUCCCCGUUUGGAUGGAAACUUCUCCAUAAAAGGCGCUCAGAAGACAGCUCAGCUAGCCCAUGCCUGCCUCAGCCGCGACCCCAAGGCUAGGCCUCUCAUGAGCCAAGUGGUGGAAGUUCUGAAGCCUCUCCAGAACCUCAAGGACAUGGCCAGCUCUUCUUACUUCUUCCAGUCCAUGCAACUUGAGCGCACCGCAUCCCUUGUGAGCCCACAUGGCAGUCAAAGCAUGAAGGCACGCAGCACCUUUACACGGAACGGGCAGCAGCCAACGAGGAGCCUCUCGUAUGGCCCGCACGCCUCUCCCUAUCGCCAGUCCCCAAGGCCCAAUGGAAAGCGGCAGUGAGACUCAUGGUGCUCUUCUGUUCACCAUGAUCAAUUCAGGACCAGGUUUCUGCAGCUACCAUGCCAUCUGAACUCCCUAUGCUGUGGUAACGGCAUGAGGAUGAUUAGAAUUCCGCGGAUCAUCUGCGAUGUGAAUUUUUCUUCUUCCUGUCGCUUAGCUUCUAGCUAUAUCUUUAUAUCUUCAACUCUUGCUACAUUGGCUUGAAAGGUGGGGGGAUUAAACAGGGUUUUGGUUAUGCUUUUAACAAUGCUGAGGCAGAUGCUUAGGAAUCGUUUCUUCCUGGAGAAUCAUCGGUAGGUAAGACUGAAGAGUCUGUGUAUGACUCACUGGUCUCAUAUUCAGACUGUCGGUCGCUUUGUAAUUAAUUGUCAUGUGGAGAAAAGCAAAAGGGGGCAAUUGAUGAAAGAUCAUCGUUGCCGUGGUCGCCA